AUGAAGAUAAGCCUGCUUAGUAUCAUAUUAGUAAUUAUAUUAUGUAUUAGAGAUUCUAUUUGCGGACGAUUGUUUGGCGAAGGAUUUAUUCCUACAAAUUACUAUGAGAAUCAACAACAAGUCCAACAACGUGAAGUAAUAAAAGCUGCUAUACAAAAAUUGAAUAAUGCACCAGAAUGGGUUAGCAAUUGGCCCAAUCCAAACACAAAGCUGGGUCAAGUAUCAGGAUUGGCCCUAGACAAUGAUGGAAGACUACUUGUAUUCCAUAGAGUCAAUAAUGUGUGGGAUGAGACAACAUUCAACGAGCGAAAUGUAUAUAACUUUAUAGGGACUCCAGCUAUUAAGGAGCCCACUAUUCUUGUGUUAAACGAUACUGGAGAAGUAGUGGACGAAUGGGGACAAGAUCUGUUCUUCAUGCCUCACGGUAUAACGGUGGACAAAGAAGACAAUGUUUGGGUGACAGAUGUGGCCAUGCAUCAAGUGCUCAAGUUUUCACUCAAUAACAGAGAAAAACCAGCAUUAGUUUUAGGUUCCAAAUUCAUUCCUGGUGAGGACGAUACGCACUUCUGCAAGCCGAGCGCAGUGGCAGUGUUGCCCAAUGGAGACUUUUUCGUUGCAGAUGGGUAUUGCAAUCACAGAAUAGUCAAAUUCUCUAAAGAUGGCAACAUUAUAUUACAGUGGGGGACUAGUCACGGCUCCACAAACUUCAGGUUCAACGUGCCUCACGCACUAACUCUAGCUGAAGACCGCGGUUUGGUCUGCGUGGCGGACCGGGAAAGAGGACGCGUGGCGUGUUUCAGACAUGACAACGGCUCGUAUGUCAGCAGUUAUAGCAACUGGCUCAUCGGUGGAAGAAUAUUUAGUGUCGCGUAUGCUCCUGUACACGGUGGACGCCUCUACGUGGUGAAUGGACCAACCGGCGCAGUUCCAGUGCGUGGAUACGUCAUAGAUUUUGAAUCAGGUCGCUUAAUACAGACUUUCUCUCCCGACGAUGGCCUACGGAACCCCCACGACAUCGUAGUGACCCCAGAUGGAGUGAGCGUAUACGUGGCUGAACUGAGUCCAUUUAAAGUUCACAAAUUUAUGGACGAGACCUUAAGAAAUGAGAGUUUGAGUAUUGAGAAGACGCAUGUGAAGCCAACCGCGACUGUCGAAGUGGUAGGCGGCGCUGCGGGUGCGGGUGGCGGCGGCGCGUGGGAGUGGUGGAGCGGCGCGGCGGGGGGCGCGGGGGGCGCCGCCGCCGCAGCUCUGCUGGCGCUCGCCGCGCUCGCGCUGCUCCGCGCACGGAACACCGGUCGUAAAGUCGCGACCCGACGUCGUUGGGAGUACGGCCACGGCGAGUUCAAACUGCGGCGAUUGUUGGAGAGACGGAGAUUCACUCGCGUGCACUCGGACGACUCCGACGAGGAACCGGCGCCAAUGUUGCCACAUACGUCACCAGCCAACGCAUGA